CCGCCGCCGCCGCCGCAGCCCCGCCAGACGCAGCGCGGCUCGGAGCGCGCACGGAGCCUCCUCCCGCAGCCGCCGCCAUGGCCCGGAACCGCCGGGACAGGAGCAGCUGGGGCAGCUUUGCAGACAAGACCUACGAGUGGAGCUCUGAGGAGGAGGAAUCCGUGAGGAAGGCAGGGCCGGUGCAGGUGCUCAUUGUCAAGGAUGACCACUCCUUUGAGCUGGAUGAGGCCGCCCUGAACCGCAUCCUGCUCUCCGAGGCCGUCAGGGACAAGGAGGUCGUGGCCGUGUCCGUGGCCGGAGCUUUCCGGAAAGGGAAGUCGUUCCUGAUGGAUUUCAUGCUGCGUUACAUGUACAACAAGGAUGCUGUGGACUGGCUUGGAGAUUACAACGAGCCCCUGACCGGUUUCUCCUGGAGAGGAGGGUCCGAGCGGGAGACCACCGGCAUUCAGAUAUGGAGCGAGGUUUUCCUGGUGGACAAGCCCGACGGGACAAAGGUCGCGGUGCUGCUGAUGGACACGCAGGGGACCUUUGACAGCCAGUCCACCCUGAGGGACUCUGCCACCGUGUUUGCCCUCAGCACGAUGAUCAGCUCCAUCCAGGUUUAUAACUUGUCCCAGAAUGUGCAGGAGGAUGAUCUGCAGCACUUACAGCUUUUCACCGAGUACGGCCGGCUGGCCAUGGAGGAGACAUUCCAGAAGCCUUUCCAGUCCCUUAUAUUCCUGGUUCGUGACUGGAGCUUCCCCUAUGAAUUUUCCUAUGGAUCUGAUGGCGGUGCAAGAUUUUUGGAGAAGCGGCUGAAGGUCUCGGGAAAUCAGCAUGAGGAGCUGCAGAACGUCAGGAAGCACAUCCAUUCCUGCUUCACCAAAAUCUCCUGCUUCCUCUUACCUCACCCCGGCCUCAAAGUCGCCACCAACCCCAACUUCGACGGGAAGCUGAAAGAAAUAGACGACGAGUUCAUCAAGAACUUGAAGAUUUUGAUUCCUUGGCUUCUUAGUCCCGAGAGCCUGGAUGGAAGCACCAACGAGGCCUUGUACAAGCUGUACAGCGCGGCCGCCACCCACCGGCACCUGUACCAGCACGCCUUCCCCGCGCCGCGCUCCGAGCCCGACGGCCCCGACAGGAAGAAGGUGUAAAAUCAAACAAGCCCGGCACGUUCCCGUCGAUGCAUGAGGGAGGCGCUGCCGCCUCCUCGGAU